AUGCCUGUAACACCCCCCUCUAUUUCACCAUUCGCCCCUUCUGUUCCCUACUUUAGUCCACCCUCACCAUCCAAGCCUUUAUUUCCUAUCUCUACUCCACCAAUGAUGCCUCCAGCUCCAGCUCCACUAUCUAUGCCUCCGGUCCCUGCCUCACUACCAUAUCCCGAUACACCUGCUCCAGCUCCUGGACCUGCAACUCCGCUUUCUGGCAUCAAAGGUGCAUAUUGGCCUUCAUGGCUAGCAGAAAAAACUCCUCCAUCAAGCAUCCCUACUGCAUAUUUCACCCACAUUUUCUACGCAUUUGCUGUGCCUGAUAAUACAUCGUUCCAGUUGCUCGUAAGCCAAGUUGACGAGCAAUCAAUGGUUAACUUCACAUCCAUCAUCCAUUCUCAUAGCCCUGCAACAAAGGCCAUGCUAUCAAUAGGAGGAGAUACAGGUUCUCCACUACUCCCUAGUAUGAUGAGUUGCCAAGAUAAUCGCGCUGCAUUCAUCAAAUCAACGAUAGAUGUAUCUAGAAAUUACGGUUUUGAUGGCCUUGAUCUUGAUUGGGAAUUUCCUAUCGAGUCAGAAAACAUGCUCAAUCUAGCAUUGCUCCUCAAAGAAUGGCGCCUCGCCAUCAACAUAGAGUCACUAGCUUCCUCCAAACCUCCACUAAUCCUGUCUGCUGCUGUUUACUUCUCCCCAAACGUUCUCUUAUCGGGUACAAUUUAUCCCACAGAAGCUCUAAGCAACUAUCUUGAUUUCUUGAGCCCUAUGUGCUAUAACUACCAAGGCUCUUGGGACACUUCAGCAACUGGUGCUCCUGCCUUGUUAUACGAUAAGUCUAGCAAUAUUAGCACAAGCUACGGAAUUUCAUCCUGGAAACAAAAUGGGGUUCCUUCAACAAAGUUAGUCAUGGGAAUUCCCUUAUAUGGAAAUACAUGGGAAUUGAAGGAUCCAAAUGAUCACGGAAUCGGAGCUCCUGCAGUAGGAGUUGGUCCUGGAACUCACGGAGAAAUGUCGUAUGAUGAUAUAGUAACAUUCAAUUCAGAAAACAAUGCCUCUGUAGUAUACAAUAAUGAAACAGUUUCAACAUAUUCAUAUUCUGGAAAAAAUUGGAUUGGAUAUGACGAUACGAACUCCAUCAGAGCCAAGAUCAAGUAUGCUAAGGCUCAGGGUCUUGGUGGUUACUUUUUUUGGGCACUUGGCUCUGACAGCAACUGGACUCUUUCAAAAACAGGUAAAAUUUCUAAACUUCUUCCAUUUCUAGACGUAGAGUUUAAGUUCUAUGCACUGACGGUAUAA